AUCUCCGUCUUUCAUUUUCUGAUUUUUUCCAAGCUUUUCGCUGGUCCGGAAGUCUGAAUUUCUUCAAUCCAAGAAACAUCAUGGGCGUCGUCGGGUUGGUGACUUUUCUCACGCGCAUCGGCGGCUGCCGAGGAGUGAAUGUCCUCGACGAGAUACGGAAUUCAGAGAAGAAGGAACCGUUGAUUGUGGUGGACCUGCUGACGCUGAUCUGCUCGUUGAGUGGUCCGAUCGAUGAGCAGAUCUACGGCUGCCGGAAUCAGUUUGCCUGGACGUACGCCACGCAGUUCUGCGACCGGAUGAUCGAAGCCGGAGCCCGGUUGGUGUUCUUCAUCGAUGGGAAAUUGCAGGAGGGUAAGUACAAGCACUGGAUUCAGCGGCAGGAGAAGGUGUACGCGGAAUGCUUGAAGAAGCUGGACAACAUUCCAGUGGAGUUCCGGGGAAAGCACAGGGGUAACAUUCAGGGAAAUGUGGUGAAGCACGCAUUCAUUUCGGCCUUGGUGGCCGCUGCCCGGAAGAAGGGAGUGCUGAUUACGACGUACGAUGUGGAGUGCGACCGGGAGUUGGCUGCAUUUGCCAAGAAACAUGAUGCGCUGGCUGUAUUUACCGGGGAUUCGGAUUUUCUGAUUUACGAAGGAAACUUUCGGGUGUGGUCCAGUUCGGAUCUGGACUUGGAGAUCAUGCGGACGUACGAAUGGAACAAGGAAGCGCUGCGCAAAGCGCUGAAACUAGAGUGGAGUCAAAUGCCGUUCUUUGCGGCCGUGGCCGGCAAUGACCACUUCAAGCAUCGCCCGUCCGGAAUUUGCACUUUUUACAAUGUGGCGCAGAAGAUUCGCGAGCUGAACGUGAAGCUGGGUUAUACGAGAAUUACGAUCGAGCUGUACGAGAAGAUUUUUCGCCGGAGGGAUGAGAAUUUCAGAAACAGCUUCGAAGAUGCGGUGAGACUAUAUGAUACGAACUACACCGUCCGGAAGCCGCUGGUACCGUCGGAGAUGCGUCACUUUCCAAACUACGCCGUUUGCAUAAUCCGGAGCAUUCCCAGCACCAUUCGAUUGCCCUGUUUGGACCUGCGUGAAGCGGAAUAUUCCCAGAUUGCGCUGCAGAUCUACCGUCGCCAGGUAGGAGCUCUUUACCGCCAUCGACCGGUCGUUUUCGGGCAGACCCUGACCUCUCCGGUUUUCAUCAAACCGAACCAUUAUACGAGCUACAAGAUUAUUGCCGUCACGCCGAUAACGCCCCCGCUCGCAGUCAAAGUCCCUCUGCCGGAGGAACUGUAUUCGCUCGAUGCCCAAGUGUCGAAGAAGCUGGAGGAAACCAAAUAUCGGCUGCUCACAUGGCUAGUGUCCGAUACGCUUACCUACGAAGAAGUAAGCAAUGUCAAUCCUAACUAUCUGCUGGAUGUAUUUACGCUGUACUUUUUGGUUGAGAAAAACCUUAUGGACAUUACCACGGCAGACAUCAUCCUGGUAGCGGUCGACGACUGCAUCAAGAAUCGCAUCCCGCGGCAGAUUCCGCUGCAGCGACCGCGCAAACCGAACGUGACAACUUGCUUCCUGUACGUCAACUUCUACUCGAUGAUGUACUUCAACGCGGAAUUGGCAGGCCUCCGGCGGCAGCUGGAAAACCUGUUCCUGUGCAAGUUCGACGGGGUUUACUUCAACAUGGUUGUCGAUCUCCUGCGGUACGAUGGGGCUAUGUUGGCGACCAAGCUGGAAACGCUGCAGCCCUAUCGGCUCUAUGCCAAGUUUGCCGAUCGAGUUCUGAUCGGGGACGGCACCGGUAUUGGAUGUAGUAAGGUGAAGCUGGAGUCCUCGUGGGAGGAGGCGCAGCUUGAUUACGGCGAACCGUCGAGCAAGAAGGGCAAGUACUAUUAUUGAAUUGAACUGUUGAAUUUCUUUGAACUCGUUGACAAUUUUGAUUUAUUAUUUUAUUGAAUUUCAUAAUGAAGAGGUAUGUUUCUGCAUAACAUAUAAUCUUCUGUUCCAGCUAAAUAAAAAGCAA